GAUGCAUAUAAAAAAGGAGUGAUGUUGGUAGCAGCUAAUUAGACUUGAUUCGUCAAACCUUACGAAUAAACUGCAAUUCAACAUGAUUAAAUUACUAGGAAUCAUUGCAGUCAUUGCAGUAUGUUGCUCAGCAGCUCCAUCAUCAGAUGUCAAAUCUUGUAUUGGAACGUGUCCAAAAACUGACACUCCCAAUCAGAUAGUUCUUCUUGCAAGUACUAUGUGUGCAAAAUAUUGCAAAUGUGAGGCAGGUAGUCCAAUAGUAUAUGGAUGCAGAAAUGAUUGGUACUUCAGCAUAGACGAAGGAACUUGUGUGCCACCGAAAGAAUCCCACUGUCCGGCAUCAGCAAGCAGAUAAUUAUUCAUAACCCAACGAGGUUUUUCAAUAUUACUUACUUAAGUCUAAAGUUAUUUAUAUAAUACAAAUGUUUUUUGAUAAAAUCAAUAAAAAUUGAAUAUUAAA